AUAAAACGGGAGGCUUUCAGGCUUCAGGUUAAAAAAGCAUCUAUUCAUAACUCAGUUCUUUGAUCUCUAUUGCGAGAGUUGCAAUCAAGUUCUUGCAAUCCUGUCUACUUAUCCAUUCAAGGCAGCAUGCCGAACCCUCCUCACCAGCGUAGUAACCCCGAGAUCACCGCUCUGCCGGCUACCGCUCCCAUUGAGGAUAUUGUCAAUGUCAUCAAACGUGAUGGUGGUAUCAUCAUCAAAAACUUCGUAAAGCCCGAAGAUAUCGACAAGAUGGAUCAGGAGGCAAAGCCUUGGUUCGACAAACUCCGGGGUUUGAAAUAUGAAGGAACGCUUUUUCCCCCAAGUGACCCGCCACUCAGUGGUUUCGCGGGCAAAUCGCACACUUUUGUUCAUAAAUGCGUUAACCACCCCACGUACCGCGAGACCGCUAAAGCGCUUUUGAGAGAAGUCUCAUACCCGUUCCGCGACGGCAAACGGUAUGAGUGUGUGUCAAACCCGGUCCUAGCUGUGUCUGAAGCCUUCUCACGUGGGGAGUCUGCUGCCCAGCCUCUUCACAGAGAUGAUAUGGCUCAGCAUUUCGAGCAUCUUGAGGGGAGUGGAGAGAGCACGUUACUAGGCCUUCUUGUCGCUGGUACGCGUUGCGUCUACGAAAACGGCGCCACACAAGUCAUCGUUGGCUCGCACAAGUGGCCUGAAGCGGAUCAGGUAGGCUCUGCCGAUCGAUCGCUUUGCUCAACGGCGGAAAUGGAGAGAGGCGAUGCUGUCAUGAUCAUUGGUUCGAUUUGGCACGGUGCCGGCGCCAACCAAUUGAAAAAUGAACGUCGCAACAUCUACUCCUGUCACAUGACGCGUGGAUCUUACCGCGCAGAUGAGAAUCAGUACGUUGGUGUACCCAUCGAGGUGUUGAAGACAUAUGAGCCGGAAGUUCAGGCCCUACUCGGCUACUCGGUCAGUGAGCCAUUCUGCGGCCACGUUGGUAUGAAAGACCCGAUAACCCUCCUGGGUAGCAAAGAAGACCCUUUUGGGUACGGUCCGUUUGAAGGCAAGCCUGUCGAGAGUGUAGGUGCAUGA